GGAAAUAGAGGAGAGGACAGGACACAGAGGAAGGGGGGUUUCUACCAGAGAAAAGAGAGCAAACUUUGGCAUGAGGAGGAGGAGCAGAAAGAAUGAGCAUGUGAGAGAGAAGGAAAGAGAUAGAGAGAGUGUGUGUAACACACAGUGAGCAGACUGGGAUUGUACCUCCAGGACAGACUGGGGAGACGCGAGGAGGCAGCCAUGCAGAGCACUAUGGAGUGUGUGUCCUGGGCGUGUGUUCGCCAUGGCUCUAGUUCAGGCACUGCCUGUGCCCACUGAUCACCCAAAACCCAGCGCUGACGUCCAGCAGUGCUGCUCAGUGUCUCAUUCCCCCACCGUAGCUGCGGCAGGCACCAUGGGCUCCGUCAGCAGCCUCAUCUCUGGACGUACCUACCAGGAGCGUCACUGCCGAGCUGCCAGCGACUUUGGCGCCAAGUAUCGCAAACCCACACCAGCUACGAGCUGUUUCCGACAACAAGAGGGCACGCUGCGCAGCGCCAGCUCACAGGAGCAGCUUCUUACCAACCAGCCUCCUCUACCUGCUAAGAACAAGUCCUCUGCCCUCAUCUCUGCUGGCAAUGGCAACUAUGGCUAUUUGAGUGAUGAGCCAGUGGGCGACUGGAAUGAUAAUCAUGUGACUACAUGCAGCCCAUCCAGUGAUACCGAAGAGCCUCAUGAUAACAGAGGCAUGAAUGGUAACAUUGGUGGCCCUCCUCCCAAACUUGUCCCAGUGUCAGGCAGGCUGGAAAAGAGUAUGGAGAAAAUACUGAUCCGUCCCACUGCCUUUAAGCCGGUUGUGCCCAAGAAUCGCAACUCUGUGCAGUACCUUUCUCCAAGGUCCGGAGGCAGUCUGUCUGAAAGCCAGGGCAGCCUCAACCUCUUACUUCCUGGCACUGUAGCAGGAUUGGGCUGUCAGGAGAAGCGCAACUCUUACAGUGGGGGGCGCAACGCACGGAGUAGUCAGUCCGGCACUAUGUCCGACUCAGGCCGCAACUCACUCUCCAGCCUACCCACCUACAGCAGCACAGGGUACAGCCUGGCACAGAGCGAGGUACCGACCGGGCACAUGGAAACCACACGCUCCGGCGGUGGCCACGGACACUCUAACUCUGACAGUGGUCGGUCAUCAUCUAGUAAGAGCACGGGGUCUUUAAGUGGCCGUGGCCAGCCCCUCUCAGACAGUGGAUCGUGUGGUCGCUCCCCAGCUCCAGGAGAAGGGUAUGAAGGGGUCAUUCGGGAACUUGAGGACAAGCUGAGGGAAAGAGAUCUGGAGUUGCAGCAACUCAGGGACAACCUGGAUGAGAACGAGGCAGCCAUCUGUCAGGUGUAUGAGGAGAAACAGAAGCGUUGUGAGCAAGAGUUAGAGGACCUUCGGCAGAGCUGUGCAUCGAAAAUGAAGCAGGUGCAGUUGAAGGCACAACGGGCGCAACAGGUCCUGCAGUUGCAGGUGUUCCAGCUGCAGCAGGAGAAGAAGAAAUUGCAGGAGGACUUCUCCCAACUCCUGCAAGAACGGGAGGCAUUGGAGAAGAGAUGUGCCUCUUUUGAGAAGGAGCAGACACAGCUAGGUCCUCGUCUUGAAGAGACAAAGUGGGAGGUCUGUCAGAAGUCAGGUGAGAUCUCUCUGCUGAAGCAGCAGCUGAAGGACGUACAGGCCGAUCUUGGCCAGAAGGCCAGCGAGAUUGUUGCUUUGAAGGCCCAGUUGAGAGAGGCACGUUCUGAGCUUCAAGCUAGCCAGGCUCGCUCCCAGGAAGCCCACGCCACAGCCCGCACUCGUACCCUCGAACUUGAGGUUUGCGAGAAUGAGCUGCAGCGUCGUAAAAGCGAAGCAGAGCUCCUACGGGAGAAGGUGGGCCGUUUGGAGGAAGAGUCCAUCCGUCUUAAAGAGGCCCUGGCAGUGUGCCCAUCCCAAACUCUACCUUCUAAGGGCCAAUGCAUGAGCUUGCCUCUGCCCCAAACCCGUGGGGGAAUCACUCACGGGAUCAGCCCUGCUUUCAGGGACAACGGCAGUGAAGAGCAGUUUCUAGCAUACGAGAGCGAUGAAGCGAAGGUGCAGCGUCAGAGCGUGGAUGUGCUUCACGGUCUUCGUCAGCAGGUGGACCGACUGCGGGCUGAGCUGAUGUAUGAGAGGAGGCGGAGUGAGGACCAGCUGGAGACCUUUGAGGAUGAACGCAGGGUGUGGCAGGAGGAGAAAGACAAGGUGAUCCGUUACCAGAAGCAGCUGCAGCAGAACUACAUCCAAAUGUACCGCAGAAACCGAGACCUAGAACGUGUGAUGAGGGAACUUAGUCUUGAACUGGAGAACAGGGACAUGGAGGAGUUUGACAUGCGUAGCAAUGAGAUCCAUUUUGAGGAGAUCACUGCCACUGAAAUCUAACCCACAUCUCACUCUGCCAUCCCAAAAUGAAUUUCCACUGUGCUUGUCUCGUGUGAGGAGCACUGGCCUUCACAGCAGUGUCAUUUGGCAUGCUUCUCCACAAUAUUUCAGAAAGACUUAUGUUCAAGGCAAGUUAUUGUUGCGAUGUCCACAUAGGCCAAUAAAACAUGGAACGUUUGUAUUUAGACAUCUUUAUGAUCACUUCCUGCCUCGGAAACUUGUGAGGGACUUCAGAUGAAUGUACAAUGACUGUGAACAGCAGUUAAUUGAUGCCACUGGUUAAGGGAAGGAUAUCCUCAAAGAUGGUGCUUUGUUCCUGACAAACUUCUAUAGUACAACUAGGGCUUUAAUUUAGCUUAAUUCUGGGGGGGGUAUUGCAAAAAAAAUAUCACAUUUAGUCCCCCGUUGCCAUUAAAUGCGAAUUCUUUAAGAAAUCUUUCACCCAGGCAGUUCACAAAACACAUGUUUUUCCAUUCAAAAGCAUCUAUGCCAGGGGUGUCCAAACUUGGUCUUGGAGGGCCACUGUCCUGCAGAGUUUAGCGCCAACUUCUCUCAACUUCUAAUAUGCCUAGUAAGGCCUUGAUUAGCUUGUUCAGGUGUGUUUAAUUGGGGUUGAAGCUAAACUAUGCAGGACAGUGCCCUCCAGGAGCAGGACUGGACACCUGUGAUCUAUGCAGCGGUGCAGAACACAGGGCUCUCAAAAUGUCAUUUUUAACGUUGAGUUACUUAGAAAUAUGAGUUGUUGACAUAAAUAAGAAGCGACAUAACAGUAAAGGACAUCUGUAGCGUAGAGCAAAUGCUAGAAUGUGUCCUUUGUGAGCUACCUUGGGCAGAUUGACAAACCCAAUUUCUAAAUGGAAAUGGAAACUUUCUGGGAUUUUCUGGAAACUUUUUGGGAAUUUUUCAAAAUUUUCUGCCCUUUUGCAACCCUAUACCUUACACACAAUCAGACUGUCCCAGCAAAGAAAUAUACUGAAAUGGCUGAGACUGAAGAACCAAUGGGAAGAAAUACAGCAUGUAGGCUAAGGGUUUCAUGGAGUUUCUCAUAUCCUACAGAGCACACUACUUGCCUCGCCCAUUGUACCAGCAUUAACACUGAUGGGAAGAGACUUGGGGGCACUCUAUUGAGCAUCUCAUGUUAGGUCACAGAAAGUGCAGUUUUGUUGCAUUCAUUCUUGGUGUUCUAGUUGUGCUGGUGUUAAGUCCUCAAUAACAUUGUGUCAUAUCUUCUCAGCUAUUUACGGCACUAUGCAGCAAGAACCGUCAGCUCUCAUCUCACAGCCCCGCUGCUUACGCUACAUUUGAUACUAAUCACUGAUGUAGAAGUGUUAUUUUUAUAAUUAGAUGAUAUAUUAGCAGAUAUAACUAGCAAAUAUAGAGGCAAAUAUAUUUUUUCCUUUUCUUUGUGAGCAUUGCCAUGCACACUGUACAGAGUGAAUAGCAUGUGUGCAUGACACCGUAGCAUUUCUGUGGCCAGACAGUCUGGCGUCGAGUCACGUCAUGGCAUCACACAGGUCAACUGGUUGGUUUUUCCCACCAGUUCUGCUCUGUAAUGACAUAGUUGAUGAAUGCAUAGAUAUUAUGUUAGAUUUGCAUACGAUCUGAGAAAUACUAAUCAAAUAUUUGUGGUCAUUUUGUUAAAGGGAUAUAUACACUAUAUAAACUUUGUUGUUUAUACAGAAGAGAUUCUUUUAAAAAAAGAGAGGAAGAAUUAAAUAUAUAUAUAAUGUAUAUUUUUAUAUAUAGCACCUCAAGCUAUUUUGUGGAAACACAGGUAACUUUGUGGGUUUAAUAAAUAUGAAUUGCAUAUUUCACACAUUUUUGUCCAGAGGGGUCAUUUGCCAUAGCAUGUUCAUGUAGAGCUCUGACAGUAUUUCAUACAGUAGUUAGUUUCAUACAGUAGUUCUCAUUAAGUAUUUAAUGUCUUUCUCUGAUUAUAACAUACAGCAUUAUUAUAUAAUUUUUGAGCAUGUUGUAGAAAAGUGGCAAGAACAUUGACUGACAACAACGCUAGCAUUUUUGACAUCAGGGAAGACAUAAGACUUAUGAAACGAGGAACUCGCUGCAAAAAUCACAUUUUAGCCAUCACAACCAAAGAUAAUCUGUUAUGUAUUUUCCAUAUUAUCUUAAUCAGCUUAUAGUUAUAUUCACUUACACAUUCACUUCACUCAGUGCUUCCUUUUUUACAAAUGUAAUAUACACUCAAUGUUCCUACAGUAAAACAGACACUUUAUUUAUGUGAUAAUCAUUUUUAUAUUUUUUCAUUCAAGGCCAAAUUAUUCAUUUCAGUAUUUGUCAGAAUGGCUCUACAUUCAUCACUGACUACCUGCAGACAAUAUGAUGCCAUAUUUUUCUCACCCUGCUCAGAUUAUCAUCCCUCAUGUUGUCGGGAUCAUCUCUGUAGCACAGAUGUGUUACGAGUGUAAAAAUGAGCUCUCUUACCCCUGGACAAUGUCCUCUGCUUUUCUUCCAGACAUGUCAAUCAUGCCCCUGAAAAAUACAUGUGUAAAUAUUCCUCACAUUGUAAUAUUAUUGACAUAUUCAAUAUAUUUGUUUUUACACACACAAAAUAUCUUUAAGGUGUAACCACUGUGAAUAGACCAAAGCAAAUUAACAUUUAAUCUUUUUGCCCUCAUGUAUGUGCUUGUGUAUGUUUCCUUUGUCAAUCUGUAGUCUUUGUAGUCAUGUAUGUAUAUUUUCCUGUUGUAUAUUUCUUGUAAAAAUGUGUUUUUAAUUAAAGAAAGUUGCCUCAA